AUGGCUUAUUCAGGUACCUCGGGUACUGUGACGGUCGAGGUACAGACUCGCGUAGACAUUGCAACAUCACUGAAGCAAAAAUUUCUAGCUGAAAGCGAUGGAUUCCUCUUGCGAAUUGUGGCUAUCGAUGAAACAUGGGUUAGGGAUUUUGAACUUGAGAUAAAAGAACAAUCAAGCGAGUGGAGAGGUCCGUCUUCACUACGGCCCAAAAAAUGUCGACGAUUACAAUCGAAAGUUGAGCAAAUAAUGAUUUUCGCUUAUGAUCACCGUGGAGUUAUUAUAACAGAUAGAGUGCCUUAUGAAACAAGCGUCACCGCAGCUUAUUACCAUGAUUUUUUGCAAAAACUACGAAGAGAAAUUCACAAAAAUCGAUCUGACUUACUCAAAGAUGUGGCUCUCAUUUUGUAUGAUAAUGCACGUCCACACUUGGGAAAGGUUGUAACAGAUUUUCUGGAGAAACAUGGUUGA